AUGAAUAAUUACAAAGAAGUAAUCAUAUUGACAUUUCUGAUGAUCACAGUUCUUAGUUCAGAAGUGAUGGGAUCAUCAUAUUGGGAAAAAAUCAAGGGAAAACUGAAAACUAACACAUCGAACUGGCAAUUGGCUUUGGAAUGGAUAAAAUUCAUUUUGAGUAAAACAUGUUUUCUCAAAGAAGCAUUAAAAAUGUUUGAAUAA